AGUUGCUUCUGACAGGUUUCUUUUGACAGCAAACGUUUUAUAAAAAACGAGAUGUCUCUUGCACCAGUACAGAUUUUCCAGGAUCAGGCAACUGAAGAGCGUGCCGAGAAUGCGCGUUUGUCAUCUUUCAUUGGUGCCAUUGCUGUCGGCGAUCUCGUAAAGAGCACGUUGGGCCCCAAGGGCAUGGACAAGAUCUUGCAAUCUGCAGCUUCGGGUGAAAUCUUGGUCACCAACGAUGGUGCAACCAUUUUGAAAUCGAUUGCAUUGGACAACGCCGCUGCUAAAAUCUUGGUCAACAUCUCCAAGGUCCAAGAUGACGAAGUCGGUGAUGGCACCACCUCGGUGUGUGUUUUGGCCGCUGAAUUGUUGCGUGAAGCAGAACGUCUCGUAAGCCAACGUAUUCAUCCCCAAACCAUUGUCGAAGGCUACCGUUUGGCUUCGGCAGCAGCUUACAAAGCAUUGGAAGCAAGUGCAGUGGAUCACAGUGCUAAUCAAGAAGCUUUCCGUGAGGACUUGAUUAAUAUUGCUAAAACCACCCUCAGCUCCAAGGUCUUGUCUCAGGACAAGGAAUAUUUCUCUAAGCUGGCCGUUGAUGCUGUCCUCCGGUUAAAGGGCUCUACCAACUUGGAAAAUAUCCAAAUCAUCAAGAAGCCUGGUGGUCGAUUGAUUGACUCGUACCUCGAUGAAGGUUUCAUUUUGGACAAGAAGAUUGGUGUCAACUGCCCCAAGCGAAUUGAAAACGCAAACAUUUUGAUUGCAAACACACCCAUGGAUACCGAUAAAAUCAAGAUCUUUGGCGCUCGUGUCCGCGUGGACGCCACUGGCAAAUUGGCUGAGUUGGAGCGUGCAGAACGCGACAAGAUGAAGGCAAAGGUCGAGAAGAUCAAGUCCCACGGUAUAAACUGCUUCGUCAACCGACAAUUGAUUUACAACUGGCCCGAGCAGCUUCUUGCUGAUUCUGGCAUUGCAAGCAUUGAACACGCCGACUUUGAAGGUGUUGAACGAUUGGCUUUGGUCACUGGUGGUGAGAUUGCUUCGACCUUUGAUCAUCCCGAGCUUGUCAAGUUGGGUCGGUGUGAUUUGAUUGAAGAGAUCAUUAUUGGUGAAGACAAGCUUAUCAAAUUCUCUGGCGUUGCUGCUGGUGAAGCAUGCACCAUUGUCUUGCGUGGUGCCACACAGCAAUUGUUGGAUGAGGCCGAGCGUUCGCUCCAUGACGCCUUGUCGGUUCUUUCUCAAACAACAAGCGAGCCCCGUACCGUCCUUGGUGGUGGCUGCACUGAAAUGUUAAUGUCCAAGGCCGUUGACGAUGCUGCUGCAAAGACUGCCGGUAAAAAGGCUAUUGCAGCUGAAUCGUUCUCCAAGGCCCUUCGUCAAAUGCCUACUAUUCUGGCCGACAAUGCUGGUUUCGAUUCAUCCGAAUUGGUUGCUCAGUUGAGAGCCGCACACUAUGAAGGCAAAGCGACAUCUGGUUUGGAUAUGGUCAACGGCGCCGUUUCCGAUGUCCGUGAGUUGGGUAUUACUGAAUCUUUCAAAUUGAAGAAACAGGUUCUUUUCUCGGCAUCAGAAGCUGCUGAAAUGAUCCUUCGAGUAGAUGAUAUCAUUCGAUGUGCUCCUCGCCAACGAACUGCCUAAGGAAAAAAAGUACUAAAAAACAAAAACCCAUUACAUACUUGUCCUCAAUUUUCUUUCAGAACAUGCACAAAGAAUAAAAAAAGUAGCAAUACCAUUUUUUAAACGAG